GAGAACAUCUAACUUCACAUUUUCAGAUAUGGAAAGUCACACUUGCUUAGGAGAUUGCUGAAGUAGUGGUGGCCAUUUCAUAGGAUCUGUGAUGGAUUUCAGGAAAGUUGUUCAUAAUGCUGCAGAUGAGAAUGCUCGAAAUGACGAUACGGAUAGUGAGUAUAGCGACAGUGAGAAAAUUGGCUUCAUUCCAAAAAAGGAGGAUAAAGAAAGUGGGAGCACAAGUGACAGUGCUGAAGAGGAUGAGUCUGGUGACAAAAGAGAUGCAGCUGUUGAGCGAAUGCUGAAAGAAGAGGAAGAUAGAGAAAAAGAAGCUGAAGACAUAGACUACAGUAAGGCUUACAGUAUUGUGACAACUGAAGAAGUGACAGAGCAGGCAUCGCAAACUGAAGGCGAGGCGUUCAGAAUUCUCCAUCAUGAAUGUGAUUCCCAAAGUCCUGGAGUAAGAAAAUGUCUUGAAUAUCUGAGGCUACACAUGUGGGCAUCCCUAUCAAGAGCUCAGUAUGUCAGUCUGUUAAAAGACUUUGUUGAGUCUGAAUUCUUUGUAAUAGAUGGGGAUUCCUUACUACUUAUGUUUUUAGAUGAGACAACACACUAUCUGAACUUCUUCUAUCAAAUUGAAUGCUUCCUGCAGGAUUUCACUGACAAAGGAGCAAAAUAUGUCAUUGCUUUCUUCAAGGAUGCAGAACAGAUGUACUUUCCGUAUCCUCAUUUUCUUUUCUUACGUACUGCAUUAAUAGAACACCUGAGGCAUAACACAAGCAUCACUGUUCAUACAGAAUUUUCCAAUUGUUUAUCAUCCCAAUGGGAGAUUUUCCUGAAGAAAAGCUAUCCUUACUUCAUCAUUGUAUCUGACAUAGGACUGAGCUCUCUCCAGAAUUUGUCUAUUUUAAUUGCUCAUUCACUGUCAAAGAAAAUCAACGUUGUGCUCACUUCAGGACAGGAGUAUGAUAUUCUUAGAGUUUACGGAUAUCAUGUUCAGAGUGUGUAUAAGCACAGAUUAUUUUUUGUAAAGCAUGAACAAGAUCUGCGAUAUGCCUAUGGAAACCUAGUCAAGUACAAAAAUCCAUUCAUGUGUCUAUAUGAACAUUUCAAGCUGAGCCUGAAAAGCAUACAACAAGAGGUUCACCAGAUUGUCUGUCUGUUGAAACAACUGUGGCCUGAAGGAUCUGACAUUCGGCGUGUGAUCUGUGUCCUUGCUUGUGCUGUGGGAUUAAAAAUAUACAGCAACAUGUUGGAAAAUGCAAAUAAUUCCAUGGGAACAAAGAAAAAGCGAUCAGCAAGAGGAAGAAGUAAAGCCUUAUCUCUAAAAGAAGCAGCUGACCUCUGUAGAAUGCAGUGCCUUGCAGUGACUUUUCUUCUUCGUAUGCCUCUUUCACAGAGAGCUCAGAUUAGGAUCAUGAAAUCAUGCUGGACUAAGCAAGUUUUAUCAUUUAUAAAAAUGCAACAGUUGUGUAUGCAUUUUGCUCUGACACAGCUAAGCAAUACAAAUGAUUGGAAAUUGGAUUUAACUUACCUGCCAGACUUAUAUGAUGAUUCACUGCUCAUAAAUCUUGCAUAUUAUUAUGAGGUCGAAUACAAUAAAGGAUUAAAGUUCAAAAAGGAAUUGGGGAAAGAAAUGGAGGAUGAAUACCAAUGUUUAUGGGACACUGUAAGAAAAUUGACUGUGAAAUACUGUUUUGGAGAUGCUUUCCCAAUACGAAACACCUCCCAACCAUUUCUUGAUCAGCAACAUACGUUUUUUAGAGAGUAUGAAGGAAAAAUUCCUAACAUUGGACUAAUUUCAGUGGAAUCUGAUCUUGUUGAAGAUUAUGCUGGAGAUGUUUUGAAAGACCUACCUGUUUUAAAAAGCAAUGAUCCUGCAGUUACUUCACUUAUUAAACACAAGGAAUUUGAUGAGCUUCGUCACUGGCAUUCUGGCAGACCUUUGACUGAGGAAUAUGAGCGAGUACGGUGCACUGCUGAUGCGAAAUCCAAAGGUCCAGCAGAAAGAAGACAAAUUCAGAAGUUACAGGCUUUUCGUCAUUUUUACGGGAGCACUUUGGAAGACGCCACUUCAAAACUUAUUGUUCAUCAAGAGGAUGUGUCAGGGAGUGCUGAUGCUGCUGUCAAGAAGACCCAAAAGAAGCAUAAAAGUAAAGUGGAAAAAAUUGCAGAGGAAAACACCAGGCGAUUAAGAGCUAAGGAAGAAAAGAAAGAAGAGGAGCAAUGGAAAGCCUUGUGUAUACCAACUGAAAAAGAAAUAAAAGCAGAUGUGACUGCUGGAAUAAGUAAAUUGGAGAAGUUUCUCAAGGCUCUUAAAAGUAAAUCUGUGAAGUUCAGUGUAGAAAUGACAGGACUGUCUGCCUGUUUAGAAGCGUGGAAGGAACACUGCAAAACACAAGGCAGCAAAGAUAAAGAUUUAAGCAAAGCUGUUCAAGUCAUGAGGAGACUUCAUAUUCUCCUUGAAAAAUAUCAAGAUAUGUUGGAGAAACCACAUCUAGAAAAGCUGACCAGAUGUCUUAGAUAUCUUGGAUUUGAGAAUUUGGCAUGCUCCCUAUCUGGCCAGGCAGGAGAAAGUAAUGAUAAGAAGAUUAGCAACUAUGCUAUCAAAGUGGGUCCAGCUCGCUUUCAGCUACAAUACAUGGAUUAUUACUUGCUCAGAGAAGAGAGACAUGAUCCAGAUCCCCGAGUGCAACAUUUCAUACCUGACACAUGGCAGCGGGAACUUCUUGAUGCUGUAGAUAAUAAUGAGUCUGCAGUGAUUGUUGCUCCCACUUCGUCAGGAAAAACAUACGCAUCAUAUUAUUGCAUGGAAAAAGUUCUGAAAACAAGCAAUGAAGGGGUUGUUGUGUAUGUUGCUCCUACAAAGGCCCUUGUAAACCAAGUGGUAGGAACUAUAUACAGUCGGUUCACCAAGAAACUUCCGGAUGGAUUGGUAGUGUGCGGAGUCUUCACGUGAGAUUAUCGCCAUGAUGUUAUGAAUUCUCAGAUACUAGUGACCGUGCCUCAGUGUUUAGAAAUCCUGAUGCUGUCUCCUCGUUGCCAGAAGUGGGCCAAACAGAUACAAUAUGUUAUAUUUGAUGAGGUCCAUUGUCUUGGUGGUGAAAUUGGAGCAGAGGUUUGGGAGCACAUUUUAGUAACAAUUCGAUGUCCGUUUUUGGCACUCUCUGCUACUGUCAGUAAUCCAGAACACCUAACUGAGUGGUUACAGUCUGUGAAGAGGUAUUGGCAAUGUGCUGAGAAAAGAAUAGAAAGAAGCUCUGCAAACUCUGAGAAGAACUUUUCAAGAAAAUAUAAAGGGAAAUCUAAAGUCCAAGAACAAAAGCAAUCAUACCGUGUUAGACUAGUCUUGUAUGAAGAAAGAUACAAUGAUUUGGAAAAGUAUGUGUGUUCUCUAAGGAGCAGGGAUUUUCUCAUUGAAUACUAUCAUCCGUGUGCUGCAUUAACAGUGAAUCACAUUGAGAACUACGGUAUUCCUUCAGAUCUUUCUCUGUCUCCACGAGAGAGCAUCCAGCUUUAUGACACAAUGGUAAAAGUCUGGCGAGGGUGGCCGAGGGCCCAGGAGCUAGAUCCUGAGGCAUUUGUCUGUUUCAAGAAUAAAGUAGUAAUAAAAAAGGCAGAUGUGAGGAAAUACGAACAGGAACUGAAGAAAGAACUUAGCAAAUGGAUUGUUCUUGGCCAAAGACAGAAGGUGAAUGAGCUACUGGAGUGCCUUAAGCCAAAACCCGUGGAUUGCUCAGAAGAAGAAAAGUGGAAGCAUUUUGCAAGCUUUGUUAAUAGAUUACAUGAGAUGGAUAAGUUGCCUGCUUUAUUUUUUAUAUUUAACGUGGAUACAGUGGAAAGUGCAGCCAGGAAUAUAUUCCUUUAUUUGCUGAAAAAACAAAGGCGUAUACAAGGCUCUGAUAUUGAGCAGGAAAGAAACCGAUUUAGGGCCAAACUAAGAAAAGUGAACAAAAGGGUAGGAAAAUUCAACCCUGCGGAUACCAAAAAGGUGAACCCCAGUAAAAUGGAAAACACUGUGGUGCUUUUGACUAAAAAAACCCAAUUGGAAAAAAGACUUAAAGGGCUAACUGAUAUCCCUUCUUCAUGUACUUACGCCAAUCCUGAAGCGGUGGAUGAAGAUACUUUGAUGAAGAUUUUUCAUCGACUUAGAUUUGAGAGAAGAGGUUAUCUGCAGCAAAGGUUGGCACUGAGGGGCAUUGGGUAUCAUCACGCAUCUAUGUCCAGCAAGGAAAGACAAGUAGUGGAGAUGCUUUUCAGGAUGGGCUAUAUCAAGGUAGUCACAGCCACUUCAUCGCUUGCUCUAGGAAUCAACAUGCCAUGUAAAUCUGUUGUCUUUGCUGAAGAUUCUGUCUUUUUAGAUGCCCUAAAUUACAGACAGAUGUCAGGACGUGCUGGAAGACGGGGAUAUGAUAUGAUUGGAAAUGUGUUCUUCUAUGACAUCCCAAUGCCCAAAGUUGAAAGACUUAUCAAAUCCAACGUACCUGAGUUGAGAGGCCAGUUUCCUCUGACUAUUUCCUUAAUAUUGAGACUGAUGCUCUUGGCUGAAAAGGCUGAUGACAAAGAGGAUGCCAAAGCAAAGGCAUUGUCAGUGUUGAAGCACUCACUGAUGUCGUUCAGAAAAGAAAGAUAUGCUCAAAUACUAAAAAUUUAUUUUAUGUUUUCCUUGCAAUUUCUGAUCAAAGAGGGCUACUUGGAUCAAAAAGGUAAACCCAUAGGAUUUGCUGGACUUGUGACACACUUGCACUAUCACGAACCUUCAAAUUUUGUUUUAGUGAGCUUUCUUGUGAAAGGUUUAUUCCACAAAUUGUGCCAACCGAUUAAAGGCUCAGCUGUUUUUGCAGAAGAUGUCCUGGAAAAGCUAGUGCUCAUUCUAGCCAACCUCUUUGGGAGAAAAUAUCUUCCAGCCUGCUCAGUGAAAUACAAACACACAUUUUGCCAGUCAAAGGUCUUUCUAGAAGAUCUGCCAGCAGACUUUGCAGAGGCUGUAAAUGAGUACAACACCAAAGCAGAGGAAAAUUUUGCUCAUUUUCUUCUGACAACUACCAAGCUGGCAGAUAUGGAACAAGAAUACAGACUUCCACUGUCAAAGACAGAUUUUACACCCAAGAAUUGGCAUGGCUCUGAACUAGCAUCUUAUUUGAUGGACACCACCAAAAGCGUAUUUGCCAUCUCACCUUUUGCCUGUGUAUCUGGAAUGGUUGAUAACGAUCUAUUUCUUGGGGAGAGCAUUAAUAAAGCUGUCUUACGUUCCCUUGGAGUUAAUGUCACAAACUGCCCCCUUCUUUAUUUGAACAAGUAUGAUAACCAAGGAAGGAGGCAGCCACUCAAUGCAUAUGCACUGGACUUCUAUAAGCAUGGAUCCUUGAUUGCACUGACAACUGAUAACUGGUUAAAUGAAGGAGAUGCUUACUAUGCACUCAAGGAGUUUUCACUCAUCAUUAAGUCUAUGGGAACAUCACUGAGUGAACUGUGUGAUGAUCCAAAUGACAAUGUUCUACUGGCAUUUCAACAACUGGGCAAAAUCUAUGAAGAGAAACUGCAGUGUAUUACCUGAAGAAAAAAGGGUGAGGGAGAGGGAGAAGCAGCAGUACAUAAUAGUCCUACCACACAGUUCAGCUGCCUUUUAAGUUAGGAAGUGACUAGGUCUGAAUCAUCAAAUAUGUUUCAUAAUCAAGUUUUAGUAAUAGCCGAUAUUAGUAAUACAAAGUUUACUUCAGAACAUUAACCUUUAUAAAUUGACAUUUUAAAUAAACUAAAUAAUUGUUUCUCAUAGGUUAACAAACAAGGUAAUGGCACUUUUUUCCCUAUGCAGUGGUAUAUAUGUUAAGGUAGCUCUCAGAAACAAGCUGAACAAAUGUCACAGUUCUGGCAGCUGGUGAGAUUAGCCUCUCGGUGGGACAGCACUGGAAACUUUCAGCACAUUUGUGAAGGAUGUUCAGCAAUUACUUUGGCAAUUAUAAUCAAAUGGAUUGUUUUAAUUAUAUUCCAAGGUUUCUAUGAAGUUCUGAAGUAGUACCUUCAUGAAUUGUUAUAAAAGCUUUUAAACUGAUCUGCAGUUUUAGUCUACAAAAAUUUAAGUAUAAAGAGUUUUAUAUCAGUACAAUGUACUUUGAUUAAUAAAAUGUUCCAACCAUAGCUAGAAUUGCUUCAUUUUUAACCCAGUCUAUCCUUAAGAGUCAAAAAGACCCAGGACACUUCUAGCAUACUUGUCAAAAAGUCCCUUGCAAUACAAAUUAUUGAGUUUAGUGAAAUAUAUUUCCUAACUAUUCUCUUGGGUUUUGCUGGGAAGAACAGUUUUCAACAGUAUUUUCUUAUUAUUACUGAAAACUCUUCAGUUGAACACGACAUUUUAGUCUACUUGUAGUCUGAUAAUAUAUUACAUACAUACUAAUGUUCACGUAGCUUUGGAGAAUUAGGCUUUGACAACAAGCCUCAUUGCCACACACAAAUUUAUAGUGAUGACCAAGACAGUGAUGCAAGUUAUUCUCUGUUGAUGAUGAGUAAAAUGUGCAUUAAGGACAAUUCAGAAUCCCAUUUCUUCAAAUUACCUCUGGUGUUCAAAUGAUCACUGAUGAAGUCUGUAACCUGAAAUCUCUUUAGGCAGCAUUAAACUACAUGCAAGAUGGUACUAGGAGAUACUGGGGGGAGGGGGGAAAUCUGUAUGUAGUCAGGUAGCGCAGCUGAGCUACCAUCAACUGACUUAAACUUCUUCCAGUUUCUUAACGUGUGAAACAAAAUGAUGACAGAAAUGGAUCAUAGUGGGAGAAAAAGACCGAUCUAACUCUGCCUGGAAAAUAAAAUUUACUCAAAUUAUUCUUUACUGUCUGGCAAGUCAUGCCAUAUACAGAUACAUCUUCCACAACUCUUCCUCAACUACCUCAAGGUAAAACUGGCUUUACUUUACCUUUCCAUGUUCAUGUUUCCAAAAAUAAAUGGAGUAAUCUUUUUAUAUAAGACACAAUUAACUGACCAAGGAAUAAAGUUGGAAAUUGGUCCUAC